AUGUCGUCGUCGCCCUCUCGGUCUAGUCCUUUGGGUAAUGGAGUACUGGUAAUUAAUAAAACCAGAAUUCUGUUACUGGUAGCACUGAUAGCAACAUGGUGGAUAGCACAUUUCCUCCCACGCUAUCGACCAGUUGUCGAAGGACACAUCAAAAACCAAUUAUCAUCUGCCGCCGAGAAGAUCCCCGCCAUCAAAGUAGACUGGUAUCCCAACCAUGACCCGCGCGCGCAAUUCAAUGCCUCCAAAGUUGCGCUUCUCAUCGAAGGCAGAACUAUUCCUCACCUCGUCCCGCAAAUCCUACAUAUGAUUUCUGUUGUGCCACCGGAUUGGCGUUUUGUGUUUAUCGGCACGAAUAAGAGUGUCGAAGUUGUAUCCCGCAGUUUCGCAACACAAUAUCAUAAGGCUAAUGGAAAGCUCGAUUUGAUUGUUCUUCCAAAGCCGUGGAAGGUGGAUAGUAAGGAGGAUAUUUUUAGGGUGCUUACGGACAUUCGAUUCUAUGAUGAAUUUAUGCCGGAGGUCGAAUGGUUGCUCAAAUAUGAGUCGGAUAGUAUUAUGUGUGGAAAUUCGGAAGAAAGUCUGAAUGAUUGGCUAGACUAUGAUUGGGCUGGCGCUCCUAGAAUCGCCGGUGAUCACUUCGCAGGCAAUGGUGGGCUUUCAUUCCGAAGAAUUUCCACUGUGAAAAGGAUACUCGGAUUCCAAUCCCGAAUUAACGAUACGGCCCCCGAAGAUGAGUGGUAUGGGAAACGUAUCACGGUAUUGCCAGGAGCACGAGUAGCCAGCGGUGAAAAGGAAGAUCAUUUCUCGGUCGAAGACAGAUAUCAUGAGAGGCCUAUGGGAUUUCAUGUACGAGAUGGAGGGAAGGUGCUUCCGGAGGAUGUCUGGAGAGACCCUGAUCAGAGGAAGAAGAUUUUCGAGUAUUGUCCCGAGUUGGCGAUGAUAAUGCCAAUGAAGUUGGAGAGGCAGAGAUGCCCAGGCGACAAUCGGAAAGGCGAGCUUGUGAAGGACAAGAAAGAUGGACAAUGA